AUGGCCAGCAGAACCCGCUCUCCCGGUCCCCAAGGCGCCCGGAAACGCAAGCACGAACAGGACCACCAGCCCUCCACGGCGCCGCGGACAGAAGCGCUUGGCGCCUCCUCCUCUCUGGACCCCGAUUCACAUUGGCAGUCCGUCGCCUUCUUCCACGAGGUCAUUGCCGGUGCGCCGCACGCUGAGUCAAAGUACGCGUCGUUGAACGCCGAGCAGAAGCUCAUCCUGGCCCUUGGCGCGCGGAACCUCUUCCUGGCAGCAUGUCGGAGCGGAUCUGCGCGCGAUACGGACAAGGAGAUUCUCGGGACGCUGGUCGAUAUCCUGGACGGGGAUGAGGACCCGGCCUUCGUGGGGGGCAUGGGCGUGUCGUUUUAUCCAUCCAGGGGCCGCAGCAUGCUCAAGUACAUCGAGGACCUGGACAGAAAGGUGCGGCACAGGAGCGUGAACCAUUUUGCGCAGGUCAUGAAGACGCCGAGAUUGUUUGCUGUUUUUGUGGACCCGGCCGAGUUGUCGUACCACAAUUUCGAGAACGUCGUCCCGCUGGACAGGUGGCUUGAGGAGAGAAUGGGCAGGCGGCAGGAUGAGGCCGUGGAGGGGAUGGGCUUGGGGCUGACGAGCGUUGUGCGGCUGCGACGGGAUAGGGACGUGUUCACCGCCUCCUUGGAAGGAGACAAGGGGCCCUUGUUGAAGGAAAUCGCUGCUCUGUCGCUGUAUGUGGCCCCUCUGAAUAGAGGCACGCGCGGGGGCGAGCGCUUCAUAUUUCACUCUGCCAUUUUGAGCGAGGCACUCACACGCGCUGUCAAGACAAGUGGGCUUCUGGGCGUGAUUGGAGACGGGACGCUGGGCGACUCGUUCGAGUUUGUCAACUACGUCUUCCGAAGCAACAAGUUUGCUCCGAGGGACGGGCGUUUCGAGAACCAUCUGGACACGCCGUACUACGACAGGGCGAGAAGACACGUGUCGAAAUACACGCUGCUCGUGUACCUCUCCGCCGGGCACAACACGCCGCUUCUCCGCGUCCAGGACGUGGAGAUGGACAGUGUUGAAGAAAUGGCGUGCGUCAUAUUCGACCAAAGGUACGAACACGAGGGGCGGCCUUUCCUCCAGGGAGACAAGGUCUUUCUUCGGACGGAGCUCAUCUUCGUGGAUGAGAACCUGAAGCGAGACGCCAGAAUCUCCCAGCCCUUCAGCACGGCGUGCUACAUGACCGGACAGGGCCUCCUGGAUAGACAGCUUGCCUCGCGUGCGCACGAGUGCUUUGAGCGGGCGAAUUCUCUCCACUGGUCUCUGGACAAGGCUGCCCCCGAAUCAGUCUACCUCCUAAAGGAGUUCCGUGGACUUGGAUUCGUGACAAACGGGUACAACUACUGGUUUUCGAAAAGCGAAAACAUGAACCUCAAAGACUACGCGGCCAUAUCGGUCCUGGACUACUUCAACUGCAAAAUCGGCAACAAGCCCUUCCGAUCUCUCGCCUCCUCCACCAUCAUCCAACAGCGGUUCGGCUCGCCGGGCGAUGUGUGGAAAUAUCUUUCCGCGCGACGGGGCGCCGGCGAGACGAGCCCCUUGCGCCGCCUGGAAAAGGCGCUCCUCGACGGGCUGUUCAAGCGAGCACCCGACGGAGCUUCGGUCGGCGGACUCGGCGGGGAGCACGAUCUCUCCCAUGUCAAGGUCGAAAACCCAUGCUGCCCCGUGCACGCGUCCCCUUUGUUCGACCCCUGGAAGAGCAGGGACGUCAUGGACAUGUACGAAAAAUGCGGCAACUACACACGGGGGAGGCUCCUCUGCGCGCCCGUCAUGAUGCUCGACAACGAAGUGGUUCUCAAUGAAGAGAAUAUCCAGAUUGCGGGAAGCAUGAUUCACAUUCUGCAGGACAUCAACAAGGAGGCCCUCGCGCCGCUCAACUUUGCGGCCUGCUGGAGUGACGCGCCCAUGCCCGAGGCCUUUAUCACGCUGGACAGGGAGAUUCCCGUGCCGAAGCUGCUUGUGCCGCCGAUCCAGUGGCACGAAUUCGAGCAAGGGUUCGAGCUGGUGGUUGAUUUUUUCAGGAACGACUGGAUGGUGGAUGUGCAGGCGGCGAGCGCUGUGCCCGUGCCGCGCGUGACGCAGAGGCCCGAGGAUGAGGGUGAGAACCCGUUUUUCGAGAGGCUUGUCAGCGACGAUGAGGAGGCCCAUGGGGACGACGGCCCGGGCGAGGGCGACGGGAGUGACUAG